UUGCUACAGGAUCGCCCACUCGAAAUGUUUAGUAUAAAUUGGAGGAUGAUUUGGUACCAGAUUAUCAAUUGAUUGCCUGGUCUGCUGGGGUCCUCCAUUCGACAAGGUACAACUUCACCAGCAUGGCUCGUCAAAUCCUUUUGAUUGUAGGUCUUUCCUUUUAUUUGAUGGUUUGGAGUGCACUAGCAUCGUCCAUUCGUUUCAACGCCAUCGAAGGAGACCCUUUGGACCGAAACAAAGAUGAAGAAGGUGAAGUUGAUCAAGUCGUAGGUGGAACAGCCGUCAAAGAAGGAGCGAUUCCCUACCAGGCUGCUCUUUUGUUGAACGGAAACUUUCGAUGCGGAGGAUCAUUGAUUGACAGUACCCACAUUUUAACGGCUGGUCAUUGUUUCAAAGGGUUUGAAAACAACCCUAAGGCUGUAACAGUUGUAUUGAACAGCAUUAAGUAUAAGUCUGGCCAACGUAGCCGUAAUGCCAUAGUUCAGACGGUGGCUAAGAUCAUUGUGCACGAGAAGUUCACUGACGCCGGUGGAAACUUGGAAAACGAUGUAUGCUUGCUUAAAUUAAGUGAACCGGUGACUCUCAAACCAGUAAGACUUCCCGCCGCUAGAUGCAAUUCAAAAGAUUAUGUUGGAAAGACUGCGACGCUCAGCGGAUGGGGAAAAACUACCCCAGGGACAGGACAGGUAUCUAGCACUUUAAUGCAAGUGAGGCUCACUGUUAUGUGCAAUAUUCAAUGCCAAGAAAAAUAUAAAAACCAGCCGAUGAAAAUCAGCAACUCGGAAAUUUGCGCUUUUGGGGAUGCCAAGGGUUCUUGCAACGGUGAUAGCGGUGGCCCCCUAGUCGUUGGCGGAGUUCUGGUCGGUGUUGUCAGCGGUGGAGGUAACGGCGGCUGUACAGCAGAACCUGGAUAUUAUGCGCGUGUCAGUUGCUUCAUGAACUGGAUUAACAAGAAUAAAAGCUAAUUGGUUUACCGGAUUCACGCCACACCAUUACGGAUAACUGAUCUGGCUGGAAAUUUUUUAAACAAAUCUUUUUCUAUCAACUUAAAGUUGGCCAUCAACUGAUUCAAAGCCCCUAAAUGGAUUUUAAUCACAUCGUCAUUAUGAUACAAUGUUGUCGUUUGACUUUCACGCAGAGGGAAAAAGUACACAGAAAAUGCAAAAAUUUUCA